UAAACUGCACUCCGUGAGCGUUCACUACUCAAAGUGCUGCUUCACUGAAUCCGUCUCUCAUCAUGCAUCUGCUGCAAAACAUCCUGUUCCUGCUGGGCAUCGGUCUAGUUCAGAGCCGUGCCAUAAAGGUGCUGGUUGAUGUGAACACUGAGGAUGUGACUAAUGACAUCAAAGACCCUGAUUAUUUCUCUGUAUCUUCUAUAAUUGAAAAUGCCAACAAGCACGCUGAUGACAUCAAUGACCCUGAUUAUUUCUCCGUAUCUUCUAUAAUUGAAAGAGCCAACAAGAAUGCUGGAUACCUGAAGGAUGGUAUGAUCAUUACACAUGGUGACAUAGCGGUGUACCCUGGGCUCAAGAAUGCAGAUCCAUGUACUUCUCGCCGGUGCAAGUGGCCCAGGGCCAGUGAUGGGAAGGUUAAAGUACCCUUUGUCAUUUCCAGACAGUAUGCAACCUCUGAAAGAAACAUUAUCGAGCGUGCCCUGAACUCCUUCAGAAAUUCAACCUGUAUCCAAUUCGUACCUCGCAGCAAUGAAGAAGACUUCAUUCAUAUACUGUCAGACCAGGGGUGCUACUCUUCAGUGGGUCGUAGGGGUGGAAGGCAGGUUGUUUCUCUACAACGCAAUGGCUGUGUUUUCCAUCACAUCGUCCAGCAUGAGCUUCUGCAUGCUCUGGGCUUUAAUCAUGAGCAGACUCGUAGUGACCGUGAUGAUCAUGUCAGAAUCCUCUUGCAGAAUGUUAUUAAUGGACAAGAGCACAAUUUUGAUAAAAUUAACACUAACAAUUUGAACACGCCAUAUGACUACAAUUCUGUCAUGCACUAUUCAAGGUUUGCUUUCUCCAAGAACAGGGAGCCGACCAUCAUCCCUAUUCCGGACAAUAAUGCUCCCAUUGGACGUGCCACCGAAAUGGGCCCCAAUGACAUUCUACGUAUUAACAGACUGUAUUGCAGUUAAAUAUGUCACUCUUUACAUCACCAGUGUAUUUCAAAUGCUUUUGAAUCAUUUUUAAAUCUGUAUGCAAAGUUUAAAAUGAUUCUGCUGAUGGGUUUUUCCCCUCAAAUAUCAGAUUUGCCAAAACAGCCACCUGGGCACAUUUUGAUAAGAGUUUAUUGCAAUGUUUGAUUGACAUUUUCUCUGUUCAGCUAUUAUGAGUUUAUCUGAAGUUUUUACCUGAGUGUUCAAUUUAAAUAUCCUCCUUAUAGCAGUACCAUGAAUGCUGUUUCGAGCUGAAGUUAUUCAAGGAAGUCAAAAUCAAAGCAAGUCAUCUUUUAGUACAGUGCUUAAACUUUUGCGAACAAAAGCCGGCGACUCCCUAGUUUGAUCAUCUUUAUUUCAUCAAAGCCACCAUCAUCUUCUAUUCCUCUUUACAUGCCUCUUUUAGCUUCUCUUCCAUCACAUUUUUACAAUUUCUAACAUUCUAACACAUCCUCUAAUAAAUUUACUAAUCAUGUUGUAUUUUUGCUAUACAUGUAUUAUACAUUUAUUAUACAUUUUAUAAAUCAAUUGCAAGAAUAAAAAUCAUCCACAGAUCAAGAAACA